AUGGCAAAUUUUACAGAUGAAAUUUUGCUGCUGAGUGACGAUGAGGAUGAUUUCAAACCGCCGAAAGUGUUGCAAAAUGACGCCGAGAAAUGGAGUUUUCUGAUGCAUCCGGCGAAGAAGAAUAAUGCAGAUGGUGCGAAAAAAGUAACGGAGAAACGAAAAACGCCGUUGUUGUCAUCGUCGUCAAAAACUUCGUCAUCAUCAUCAAAAACUUCACCGUCAUCGUCAUCAGCUUUAGCAGCAACUGCUAAAUCGAAAUUACCAGAUGUGAUUGCUUGUGAACAGAAAACCACAUCUUUGCCAGAAGCAUGCACAUCAAGAAAUUUAUCCAGCACAGAGAUUAAGGAAAAAGCGGAACAUCUUUUGACCACUGUAUUUGGACAUAAGAAAUUUAAAACAGCCAUCCAGAAACAGGCUAUUUACACCGUUUCUAAAAAGAAAUCGGAUGUUUUCAUCUCGUUACCGACUGGUGCUGGAAAAUCACUCUGUUAUCAGUUGCCAGCAUUGCUGUAUAAUCCAGGCGUAACAAUUGUUUUUUCGCCUCUGAUUGCUUUAAUACAAGAUCAAGUACUGUCCUGUAAAGCUCGUGGCAUCAAAUGUGAUUCACUGAAUUCGAAAACCGGUGCUGAGGAUAGAAGGCGAAUUGUUGAGUUGCUUUACAUAACACCCGAAUCAGCGGCAACUCCGAACAUCCAACGAAUGAUCACAAGCUUAUCCAAAAGGAACAUGUUGAAUUAUUUUGUUGUGGACGAGGCACACUGUGUCACGCAUUGGGGUCAUGAUUUUCGCCCGGAUUAUCUCAAACUUGGAAAUUUACGACAGCUGGCACCAGAUGUAGGUCUAAUUAAUUUCCUUUUGUGCAGUUUUUUUGAAACUUUCCAAUUAUGUGGUACUUUAAAAGCGAAAUACUUCCACUAA